CCUGGCGGUCGCUGGUAAGAUGGCGGCGACGUUGGAGAGGGUUAGGAUUUCUGCCUCUGAAUUGCGGGACUUGCUGGCAGCUGGGGAAAGCGCGGGAAGCCGAGGAACUGUAAAGGAGAUGAAGGAACCCCGACAGAGGAAGGACAACAGGCGUCCAGACAUUGAGAUUUACAAACCUGGCCUAUCCAGAUUGCGAAAUAAGCCUAAACUGGAUUUUUCUGAAAAUGGGAUCAAUCACACUGAGGGUCUUCAAAGCGAGAAAACAAAUGACAGUGAAUCUGUUGUUAAUGGGAUAAACUCGUCUGCUGCAUCUAGAGAUCACAAUCAGGAGGAGAAUGAUAUGGAGCAUGAUGGACCAGAGACUCCGGAUCGAAAAAGUGCCAAGAGAGCCAAAAAGCCAGAUCGGUUGAUUUACCAGCCAGGAAGACGUCUUCAGACCCCUGUAAGGGAAUCCCUAAGUGACGCGACAGAAGAUAUAAUAGGAAAAACCGAACAGCUGAAAAUUGUAAAUGAGGAAGGCCUUGUCAAAGCAAUCAAAAGUCACAAGCCUCCUCUAGAAGAUGGCAAUAAAGCUACCAAGAAUGACAAAUACAAGAGAUCAGAAAGAGAGAAAAAUAACAGAACUAGUGAAGAAACCUAUUUAUCAAGACAAGGAAAGGAGGAGAAUAAGUCUGGCCAGACUAAACGGUAUUCCCAUUCAGACAAGCGAAGAACUCGCACACGUACUUGUAGCACCAGUUCUGCUGGAAGCAACAAUAGCAGCGAAGAAGGAGUUUUGGCAGAGGUGAGUAAGAAAUGUCAAGAAAGAGAGAAGUCUACUGGGGAUCGGAAAGAAAAGGUACUUUCAAAGAAGCAGAAAUCUCUGUCUUCUACAGAUUCAUUUGAAGAAGAUUACGAGUGGUUGAAUGGAGCGAAGGCAAGUAGGAACAAAGAUAAAAAGAGACAGGGAUUCACUGAUAAUGGCUGCCCAAGUAAAGCGGAUAGCCCCAAGAGCCGAGACAAUUAUGAAUUGAAAAAAGAAUCCAUACAUCGCCAUAAUAAUGAAGAGAACAGGUCCAGGAGAUUUGGUGAGAGAUCUACUUACAAAUGCAACACUGAUAUAGAGAAGAAGGAACAGAGAGAAAAGUCAGCUGAACCAAAGGGCAAAGGAAGAGGCAUUCUUAUUCUUCCAGCCAACACAGACUUUUCCAACACUACUGGAACACCAGAACUAAGCUGCACCAAGCCACUUCCCAUCCUUUCCACCAAAGGUGUCCGUGGUAGAGGGCGUGGUGGAGCUAACCGGCGUCUAUGGGACCCGAACAACCCUGAGCAGAAGCCUGCUCUUAAAAAUCAAAGCCCUCAACUUCAUUUUCUGGACACGGAUGAUGAGUCUGCUCCUUCUUCUCAGAGUGACAGUUACCCCUCUGUUCCUCCGACAUCUUACUACAAAUUUCAGAAUUCUGAUAAUCCAUACUACUGUGGCCGUUCACCAUAUGGCUAUGGUAAUUAUUCUGUGCCAUAUUCGAUGAGCCCAAACAAUGGCAUCUAUCCUGGGAUAUAUUACCCAGGAUACUCGGCUCAGUCAGGGCAAUAUGGCCAUAGCUCAUACACUGGGAGCCCGAUAAUAGCUGAGGAAAUUGAACAGCAAAUGAGAACAAUGCAGCAGCAGGAACUUGGUCAUCUUUUGCGAAUGGCAGAUAACCAGGAGUUACAACUCAGUAAUCUUCUCUCCCGUGAUGGCAUCAGCUCAGACGGACUGAAUAAAAUGUCUUUGCUUAGGCUAGAACUACUUCAUAUGUAUGAGCACUGCCUCCUCACUGACAUUGAGUUCUGUGACCAUCACAAUGUGGAUCAGCUCCUAUGGAAAAAUGUCUUCUAUCAGGUUAUCGAAAAGUUUCGACAUUUGUUGAAGGAACCAUCAUCUGAAAGUGAGGAAUUUCGCAAGAAGCUGCUGCAGGUCUUAGAUGAGGGUACAAUGUUUUUUGAUGGUUUGCUUCAGAAGUUGCAGACAACAUACCAGUUUAAAUUGGAGGAUUAUAUGGAUGGAAUGGCAAUUCGUAGCAAGCCCCUUCGCAAAACGGUGAAGUUUGCUUUGAUCAGUGCACAGCGAUCCAUGAUUUGCCAAGGUGACAUUGCUCGUUACAGAGAGCAGACUGCAGACACAUGUAACUAUGGAAAAGCUCGCAGCUGGUACCUAAAAGCACAACACAUUGCUCCAAAGAAUGGACGACCUUAUAACCAGCUGGCACUUCUAGCCAUAUACACGAGGAGGAAACUGGAUGCUGUUUAUUACUACAUGCGUAGUCUGGCUGCCAGCAACCCGAUCCUGACUGCCAAGGAGAGUCUAAUAAACUUGUUUGAAGAAACUAAACGCAAGGCUGAGCAGAUGGCACUAAAGCAACAGAAGAAUGUGGAUGCAGCUUUAAACCAUCAAGGACCGAGUACCACGUUUUGGCACACUACGGAGUAUGCCACUCGAGUUGAGAUAUGGAUUCAUCCAAUUCCAUCAGGCUGCCAGAGCAGGGACAGCCAGAAGUGUAAUGGCCUGGACAAUCUAAGCCCAAGUGAUCUGAACAAACGCUUCCUGCUCAGCUUCCUGCAUGCCCAGGGGAAGCUCUUCACCAGGAUUGGAAUGGAAACGUUCCAUGUGGUUGUCGAAAAGGUUUUAAAGGAAUUCCAGGCCUUGCUCGAGCUCAGUCCAUCACCCAUAGGAAGCGCAAGGAUGUUGCAGCUCAUGGCCAUCAACAUGUUUUCUGUGAACAACUGUCCAAGUAAAGAUGUCCUUUCAGAAGGCACUCGCUCAGUGGUACAGGAGCAGGCCACCAGUCUGGGGCUUUCCAUGUUCUCACUUCUGGUGAAUAGAUGCAUCCAUUUGUUACAAAAUCAAAAAAAAGAACAAUGCAGCACCAUGGCAAAGCAAGGUGUAACAGAGGAUGAUGUUAAAGUAAAGGUUUCUUCUCUACCAUCUGAUCUUAAAGAGCUUUUGCCAAGUGUGAAGGUAUGGUCAGACUGGAUGCUGGGACACCCUGAUACCUGGAAUCCACCUCCCAGUCCACUGACAAUCUCCAACGAGCCUGCACUAGAUGUCUGGAGUGUUUUGGCGGAGUUCUGCAACUCAUUGACCUGGGUAAACCAGUCCGAGGUGCCGCUUUAUAAAGACUCCGAUGAAGACCUUUCUGUACUGAUACUUGAAGAAGACAGACUACUUUCUGGGUUUGUCCCCCUCCUUGCUGCCCCUCAGGAACCUUGCUAUGUCGAGAAAACCUCUGAUAAGAUUAUUGCUGCGGAUUGUAAGCGGGUCACAGUCCUGAAAUAUUUCCUGGAAGCACUGUGCGGACAAGAAGAGCCUCUGCUGGCAUUCAAGGGUGGAAAGUAUGUGUCAGUGGCACCCGUCCCAGACGCCAUAGGAAAGGAAACGGGAAGCCCGGAGGGAAACCAACUGGAAGAUCAGGAUGAUGUAGUUGUCGAGGAGUACACAGAAGAUUCAGAUCUAGACAGCAGUGGGGCAGAGCAUGAUUUCCGAGAACUGCGUGCCAAGAAGCACGCGCUGGCAAGAAAACUGGAAGAGCAGAAACGUCGACAGCAAAAGAUUCAGGCUGUACUGGAUGGCAAGACGAGGCUCCUGGAGUUGGAAAUUCGCCCCUUGUUUCUUGUUCCCGAUACCAAUGGCUUCAUCAACCAUCUUCCUGGCCUGGAGCAGCUUCUUUCAACUCAGAUUUACAUCCUUGUCAUACCCCUUAUAGUUAUCCAUGAGCUGGAUGGUCUUGCCAAAGGACAAGAAUUUGAUCAACGCAGUGCUGGACAUACUCGCUCACUUCAGGAGAAAGCAAAGAAAGCCAUCCAGUUUCUGGAGCAGAGGUUUGAGUCUCGAGACCCCAAUCUGCGAGCGCUUACAAGUCGUGGCAAUGAGCUGGAGUCUAUCUCCUUUCGCAGUGAGGACAUUUCUGGGCAGAAGGGAAACAAUGAUGAUUUGAUCUUGUCUUGUUGUCUGCAUUACUGCAAGGACAGUGCAAAAGAAUUCAUGCCAUCAAAAAAAGAUGAUCCAAUACGCCUGAGAAGAGAAGUUGUCCUGCUAACUGAUGACCGUAACCUCAGAGUCAAGGCCCUGACCAGGCACGUCCCUGUGCGAGACAUCCCUGCAUUUCUCAAGUGGGCCAAAGUGGGGUGAAGCAGCCACAUGUCAAAAGGAAGGAAUCCUUGUGUGCAAGAAAAAAAGAGCAGAAUAUCCAGUGUGUGACCCAUUGGGGCAAGAGGUUGUUAGUCCUGGUUUAACAAUUCAACUGUCCCGUGUCAAAGCACACAAAUGCUCCCCCAGACUCAAACCCGCCAUCUGAAAUAAACUAGAGCAAAAGCAAACGUUCUGCUCUUGCACCCUCAGCACAGGAGCUUGCUGUAAUUUGGGCUAGAUGAGGGUGUGCGGAUAGGAGUGUCAAUGUACGUUGAGUCUGAUUGAUCAGCAGGGGUGCACAGUCUUUAAAGGCUGGUAGUGGCAGCCUUCACCUUUUUUUUUUUUUUUUUUAAUUCCUGCCAGUGGAUCAGAUCCCUUUUCUAGCUUUAUUUCUUCUCUAGUAAUGCCUAUGUUAUUUUACAGACCCCGCAGGCAUUGAGACUUUUUCUUUCUUAGGAACUGGUUAGCAGACACAUCAUCAUUUUUUUUUUUUUUUUUUUUUUUUUUUACUUUUAGACUUAAUUUAAGGCAAAAUAAUGUUUUGCAAAAUAUUUUAUAGACCAGUCCUUUCACAUCAGAAACACCUUGCAAAAGUUUAAGCAGGUCGUCAGCCAUGUUUUCAUUGUCCUCCUUCCUCUAUGUACCACAUAGCUGGUGUUCUUUUUUUUUUCUUUUCUUUAAGUUUUGGUGCAGUGAGGGCAUCCUUUUUUGUUUACCUUUUUAUUCAUGCUUUAUUUUACCCCUUAUUUUUUGUAGGAGCUAGUCUGUUUUGGGGAGGUGUGUAGGUGUGGCCACAAAUAAAUUCAGACAUGAAGCAUGAUCUUGUUCCAUGAAGUGUACAACAAUACUUUUCCAUUGCUUGAUCGAUAUUCAGUGUACCUCGAGUCAAAGGUGUAAAGUCCUUAUAGGCUCGUAGUGUCUGCCUUCAUAAUUUUCUUUUCUCCUGCCACUGGCACGGGUACCUUCUUUAGCUUUAUUCUUCACUAGUAUUGUUAUUUUUACAUGCCCCACAGAUAUUUUAGACUUUCAUUCCUUCCUACAGGCAGGAUAGCGGACUCAUCAUUUUUCUUUAUUUUUUUUUUAUUGUACUUUUAUUUUUUAUUUUAGACUUACUCUAAGAUGGAAUAAUAUUUCUCCAAUUAGACUUCUUGCAAAAGUUUAAGCAGGAGGUCAGCCAUGAUUUAAUUGUCCCAAUUCCUGGUUCCCACGUAAAAAAAUCUUUCCUAUACGUUUUGGUUCAAUGAGAGCAUAUUUUUUGCCUUUAAUGCAUUCUUUGUUUUACCCCCUUUUUCUUUUAAAGAAGCCAAUUUAAGUGUGUGGGUGUGGCCACUAAAAAAAAAAAAAUUCAGAGAUGAAGCAUGAUCGUGUUCCAUAAAGUGUACAACAAUGCUAUUCCAUUGCUUGACCGAUCUUCAUGGAUAUACACACCAGGUUACACAGAUGUUCUCGGCAGGUUUCCCUGGCAGCCAAAGCUUUCAGCAGUUUCUGUCAUUCCCAGCCAAGACCUGACAUCUGAAAAUCCUAAAAGUCUUCUGUAGGUCCUGAUGUCAUCCUUUUCCCUAAUUCUUUAUAAGAUCAGUCUCUAGAGAUGCAGGCAGAAAUCAACCACAUGGUCCUGGCUAUGUUCUUCUUGGCCCAAACCAUUUUCUCCAUUUAACCCUUUUUAUUUAGGGGACCAGCCACACAGAUCUUUAGUGAAAAGAAUAGACCUUGAUAAGGGAACUGGCUAAAUCCUCUGGUGCAAAGACUAUAGGAAGGUUUUGCUACGUUGAAAUGGGAUCAGGUGCCAAGCUGGCUUUCAGAAAAGCCUGUUAAUGUGGAUGGGGUGGGAUUGUGUACUAGUUGAUAUGAACUAGUAGCUCUGGUCUUUUCCACAGUACUAGCCUAGCAGUGCUGAUAAAAGGAGAUAACCGCUACACGAUGAGUGUGAUAUAUUAUUUUAUGUAGUGAACUUUGUUUGAGCUGAGUUAUCUGUGUGCAUAAAUAGUUUUAUUAGAGCCGUUUUAAAGGUAAUGGGAAAAGUAGUGUGUGUGUGUGUUUUUUCUUUUUCUUUCUUUCUUUUUUUUGUGGAUAGAUGUCUUUGUAGUUCAGUGUACAGGCUAAACAAACAUUGUUGGGAGUAUAGAACAUUUUCCGUGCAAAAUAAAUAGGACAUUCAAUAUUUUAUACACACCUUUAUCAAUACACAAUAGGCAGGCAUAUUUAUUUAUCAAGUUGUGGUGUUUAUAGCCAUUUAAAAGCAAGGUUCACACAAAUUUGAUAUUUAAGUUUCAGAUGGAUGCCAUGUAGUGAACUUCCGCUCUGCUAUUACCUAAACCAGACAGAGCUGUCUCACUCCUGCGUCUGUGUUCUUGGUAAUGUAAAAUAGAGAACCCAAUGGUAUUACAAGCGAGACCUUUUCGUAAUGACCCACCUAAGUGAUGUGUAAAGCUUGGAAAUGAUUCGGCGGGUGACCUGCCUAAUCCUAUCUGGAAAUGAAAAUAAAAAAAAGUUUUGAGUGGGUAUCUAUCCUGUAUGAUUUAUUUAAUAAUGUGCAAAUGGCAUAGACGUGUGCGGUAACCAUGGCAAAGAUCUGCUAGCAAUCUUGGCUAGUUGCUGAGGUUUUGCUUUGUGCCUCAUUAUUAAUGAAAAUUCUAGUGUCCUGGUAAUGAGCCAAGACUUCUGGACAGGUUAGUUCUGCAAUAUGGCCCACAGUAGGUAAUAUCCAGAAAAUGUCUUGUAUCCUAUGACAGUCCUACUCCAUUAAUCUAUUAUAUUUGCUUGGGUUGUCUUGCUAUUGUUGUAAAGUAAUGUUUUUUUCCCCUAAGGUGUUGUGGUGUGUGUCACCUGUGUAGCAUGAGUGUUUUGCUUCUGUGUGUCUUUACUAUUUUUUCCAUUACAUGUUGAUUUUUUAUUUUAUUUUUCCCUGACAAGAAUAUUUGUCAUGUGCUAUUUUUAAACAUUGUAUUUGGUUGACAAAAAAGCUCUUAAUAAACAUUUUAAAAAAUG